AUGUCAAAAAUCCCUGCUCCAGAAAACCCUGUCCCACAUGCAGAUUUGGCUGAUGUGGACUAUGUGGACGAUAAGCUGGGCAGCGACGCCUCUCAGGCUGAUGUAGCUCUCCCUCAAGGACGCAAGAAACAUGUGUUCAUCUCAUCCAUUAACAAGGAUGAACCUAUCGUAACAAGGAGGGAACUUUGGAGCUACUACCUGUAUUACAAUGGCGAUAACGGCGUCGGUCCUCUCAACUACCUCAUGACCCUCUUCCAAUCUCUCGCGACUUCUGCAGGGUACGACCCUAUCGCAGGACCCGGCUCAUCCUGCACUGCUGCUACUUCUUCUGGCCAGUGCGUCCUCCCAUGGGGAAGCGGCACCAAGGCAGUCUCGAGCGUCGUCCUCGUCGCAAAUGGGGUCAGCUUCGCCGCCAUGACCGCCAUCUUCACCACCAUCGGCUCUGCAGCAGACUACGGCACGUUCGGGCGGUGGCUCCUGUUUGUCGUCACUGUUAUCUGUUGGGCGAGUCAAUUUGCUAGUAUGAGUCUUACGACUCCUGAACGGUGGCCAGCGGCGAUGGCGCUGUUUAUGAUUGGAUUCAUCACCUACGGUGCAACCCUCGUAUUCUACGCAGCCUUAUUUCCCCGUCUCGCCAGAAACACUCCCCACGCUCGCAAGCUCAGAGAUGAAUACGAGAAUGGAGAGAUAUCACCAGAGGUAUAUGAGGUCGAAGAGAGUCUCGAGAAAAACAGGAUCAGUAACAUCAGUACCAUGCACAGUAACAUCGGUUACAUCUUCACCCUCGCGCUCAAUCUCUCACUCCUCCUCCCUCUCGCUAACAACCCGCUUGUGGAUAACUACACACUGGUCCUUACCAACGCGUACUGGGUGGUACUGGGUAUAUGGUGGUUUAUAUUCCAACAGCCCCGGCCUGGCCCCCCUCUACCAAAGGGAGAACACUAUAUCACAAUAGGCUGGAAACAGAUAUGGGCAGCCCUGAAGACUUACAAACAGCUUCCAUACACUUUCAUCUACCUCUUUUCAUUCUUCCUCCUCGCUGAUGGACUAAACACCACUGGAACUCUGAUCUCAAUCUGUCAAAACGACAAAUUCCAGUUCUCAUUCCUGCAGAACACAUACCUCGGCCUCGCCCAAGCCGUCACAUCCACCAUGAGCACGCUUGGGUUUUGGUAUAUCCAGAAAUGGUGGAAGAUCAGUACUAAGAAGAUGUUUGUCGUCACUAACGUUGUAACGAUCCUCAUACCGCUCUGGGGAAUGAUCGGGAUCUGGACGACCAAGUUCGGUUUCCACAACGUAUGGGAGUUCUGGGCCUACAACGUCGUCUUUGGCAUCUUCCAAGCGCCAUAUUAUGCGUUCUCACAGACCAUGAUGGCAGAGCUCAGUCCACCUGGGUUUGAUAACAUGUUCUUCGGCCUCUUCGGCCUCUCCAACCGCGCAUCCUCCAUGGUCGGACCCAACGUCAUCCAAGCCAUCAUCAACAACACAGGCGACAAUUGGAAAGGCUUUCCCUUCCUCUUCGCGCUCUGCACGGCGGCGUCGAUCGUGAUCUGGUUUGGAGUGGACGUGACGAAGGGCAGGAGGGAUGCUGUAAGGUGGGCGGCGGGGGUGAGGAGCGAGGCGGAGGCGCAGGAGAAUAAGGGUGCUAGUGGGAAGAGUACUGGAGUGAGUGAGCUGGUGAGUUCUGGGUAG